AUGACUCUCAAAUCGGCAAAAACAAUUUGGGACUAUCUAAAGGCAGAAUAUGCUGGAGAUGAAAGAAUUCGAAGCAUGCAGGUGCUUAACUUAAUGAGGGAAUUUGAGAUUCAAAGGAUGAAAGAGUCUGAAACAAUCAAAGAAUACUCAGACACAUUGUUGGGCAUUGCCAACAAGAUAAAGUUACUGGGCGGUAAUUUUGUAGAUUCCAGAAUUGUUGAGAAAAUUCUGGUAACAGUGCCAGAGAGGUACGAAGCAUCUAUUGCUUCGUUGGAGAACACAAAAGAUCUGUCUAAAAUUACUUUUGCAGAAGUGCUACAUGCUCUCCUAGCCCAAGAGCAGCGAAGAUUGAUGAGGGAAGAUCAUGCUGUUGAAGGUGCUCUUCUAGCCAAGAGCCAACAAACUAAUUACAACAAAGGAAAGGGUGAAAAGAAAAGUUACCCACCUUGUCAGCAUUGUGGCAAAAUGGGUCACCCUCCAUUCAGAUGUUGGCAGAGACCUGAUGCUAAAUGCAUCAAGUGCAAUCAAAUGAGGCAUGAAGCAGUCAUAUGCAAGAGCAAAAAUCAACAGCAAGAGGAAGAAGCUAAGGUUGUUGAUCAAGAGGAGGAGGAGGAGGAUCAACUCUUUGUGGCAACGUGUUUUGCAGGCAGCGGAGAGAGUGAGAUCAAAGGAAAGGGGACUGUUGCAAUAACAAGUUGCUCAGGUACAAAGUUUAUUCCUGAUGUCCUUUUUGUACCCGAAAUUCAACAAAAUCUGUUGAGUGUUGGCCAAUUGAUUGAAAAAGGAUUCAAAGUGCUUUUCAAAAAUAGAGUUUGUCUCAUUCACGAUGAGAAUGGAAAGGAAAUCAUCAAAGCAAAAAUGAGAGGCAAGAGUUUCUCAUUUGAACCAAUCAAGGAGGAGCAAGCUGCACCAAUCAAGGAGGAGGAGCACGCUGCUGUUUCCACAGAGGAGAAUGUGACUGAGACUUGGCACAAGAGACUAGGCCAUUGUCACCUCUCAAAUAUGUUGUUGAUGAAGAAGGAGCUGUCAAAUGAUUUACCAACCUUUGCAGAUUAUUUACCAACCUUUGCAAAUUGUAAUGCCUUUCAAUUUGGCAAACAAAACAGAAAUUCAUUUCCUAAGUCAAGUUGGAGAGCCUUCAAUAAGCUAUCCACUCAGAUGUUUAUUUUCAUGAAGAUAAAAAGUGGAACUGGAAACAAGCACAAGAGGCAUCCAUGA